UACCUACAGAUGCCGUGACCGGGCUUCCGUAUCUAUGUCAUCACCUGCAACUUAUAUAAAUAUAAAUGAAAAUAAUCGUUCUUGUUUAGUUGGCUUUCAAGCAUUGCCAGAGUGACAUCUUAAGUAAUCCAAAUAAAAUGUAUCGUUGGGCUGGAAAAGUAGCUGUUAUUACUGGAGCUUCCUCAGGGAUUGGUUUGGCAACAGCCAAAGCUUUGGUGUAUCAUGGUUUAAUUGUUGUUGGUCUUGCAAGGAGGAAGUCAAAAAUGGAGAGUGAUAUGAAAGACGUAAAAGGAGAUGGCCGAUUUUACCCAUUGGAAUGUGAUAUAAGCAAUGAGAAACAAAUUGAUGAAGCUUUUGCAUGGGUAAAGAAAAAUCUCAAAUCUGUUCAUAUUCUCAUAAACAACGCUGGGAUACAGAGAGCUGGAAAAGUCACCGAUCUUAGCUUCACUGAAUUAAAACAAAUUGUUGAUAUUAAUUUCAUCGGAUUAUUGUACUGUUCAAAGAUAGCAACUACUAUAAUGAAAGAAGGUGGCGAAGAAUCACAUAUUAUUAUGAUCAACAGCGUGGUUGGUCAUCGUCUAAGUCAGAUUCCGUCAGAACAUUCUACUAACAUUUAUCCAGCAACAAAGUUUGCUGUAAGAGCUCUAGCAAACAUUUUGGAAAAAGAAUCGUAUGGUGGAAACAUUCGAGUGACGAAUAUUAGCCCAGGAGCCGUUAAAACAGAAAUGACAGACAAGAUAGUUGAGGACAUUCCACAAAUAAAUCAGCUUGAUUUCUUGGAAGCCGAAGACAUUGCCGACGCUAUAGUUUAUGUUCUCGGUACUCUACCACGAGUUCAGAUCGAAGAGCUUGUAAUCAAGCCUUUAAAAGCUCCUUAUUGAUAUUCAGCACACGAGAGCACUUCCGUAAAAUUAUAAUAAUAUAUUAACUAUCAACUAGUCAUACUUCUUAGUUUAUAAAUUGUUUGGUUUGUUCAAUAAAUUAUUUUCGAAAUAAAA